AUUCUGUGAAAAGUGUAGGGACAGAACAUUAUAUAGUGUCGCAAGAAUUAUAAUUCUAGUUAACUGAACAGUGUAUAGUAAAUGUACCUUACAUAAAAUAAACGAUAUAUCUCAAUGCAUGUUUAUGUACCAAAAUUGUAAUCGAGUAAAGUCUGUUCUAGUGUUUGAAUUUUCUUGUAAUAACAGCGCAGUAUAAUUUAUCAAGAUGGAUGAUAAAGAUCCAACAAGUGUCAUCAAAAUGAUAAAGGAUUUAAGAUCAGGAUCUGAAGCAUAUCGUAAAAGUACUAGUAGUACUAUGUCCCUGAGGUUAUCAGGAACUACAUUUCCAUCACCAAUAUUUAAUGACCCGGAGGGAUGUUGCAUUUCACCUAAAAGACCAAGAUUGGAUGAAUCUAGUAAUUCUACUUUAAAUAGAAGCGAAACAGAUAAUGUUCCAGGUAGUCCUUGGGAAUGGAGAAGACUAAAAGGAGAGGUUGUGUCCUUAAGGACAAGGUUGUCUCAUCAGGAGGCUGCUGUGCAGCAGCUUCAUAAAAUACGUAGACAAAUGGAAGAGGUUUUUGAGAAGGAGAAAGGUAUUUUGGAAAUGCAAGUGGAACAGGAUAAGCAAACUAUCAAGCAACUGGAAGUACGGCUUGAUAUUUCACGCAGAACAGUUCAGGAGGCACAGGUUGCACAGGCUGCUGCAGAAAAAGAAUUGUUUCAGGUAAAAACGAAUUUGGAGCAAAAAACUAUGUCACUAAUGAAUGAAAAUGCAAAGCUGACGGAAGAUCUCAAACAAGCAUCUGUGCAAGAUACCACACCAGUGAAAAAAGAUGUUACUGAUGUAUCAGACUCGCAGUUGACACUCAAAACAGCGCAAACGAGAAUAGCACAGUUAGAAGAAAAAUUGAAGGAGUAUCAGGCAAAACAGCAAGAAAUGGAAUUGCAAAACGUGGAAUUGCAAAGUACAAAAAUAAAGCUUGAAAGGUUGGAAUCAGAAAGGGCGCAGUGGGAGGAAGGAAAAUUGUUAUCGGCAAGAGCAGCGAGGGCGAAUGACCUUGAGAAAGAACUUAGCAUCGCAAAGGAGACUAUCAUGUCGUUAAGGGAAUCUGUUCGAGGAAAAUUACUUUUAGAAGAACAAAUGGCUAAUGUAAUGAAAAGACUAGAACAUACAGAAAGUGUGGAGCAACAGGUAGCCACACUGGAGGGAAAAAUGACGGAACUUUCGUUGCGUUUAUGCGAGUACGAAUCUAUCGGGAUCACUGGAGGACCAUCUGUUCUGAAACGCGAAUUAAAUCGACUACAACAAGCGGAAUUAGUCUUAAAAGCGGAAGAAGGUCAGCUCAGAUCAAAAUUAGAUGCUGCAUUGAGGGAGUCCGCAUUAUUAUCGAAGAACUACGAGGAAGCCAAAAAAUUAGCCACAGACGUAACAGCAUCAAAGGAAAAAUUGAACAAAUUAGUGAGCAGGUUGCAGAAGAAGAUGAUUCUUGUCACGAGGGAGAGGGACAGUUAUAGACAACAGUUGGACUUAUAUGAGAAAGAAAUUACAGUGGAUAGCAAUACCGCGAUAACCGAAAGGAUUCCUGUGUUGGAACGUACGAUAGACACCUAUAGAGAAUUAGUUGCCAAAUUAGAAUCAGAUCUUCAAACGGCAGAGGGUCAUCUCCAAGCGGAAGAGUGUAAUAAAUUACGCGAGGAAAUCAAGCGAUUGAAGGGUGAAUUGGAACAUCGAGCGUUAAAGGGUGAUUUCAAUUGCAACGCAAGAGUGCUACAUUUCACAAUGAACCCCGCUGCUAUCGCGGAACAACUGGCGGAAGAGAAGCAAAAGGCCCUGUUAUGCGAAUUGGAGGAGCUGAGAGCAAAAGUAGCACAGGGUGGAGCCAAUACAACAGCAUCCUCCCUUCAAGUACAAGAAAUAACGGAGCUUAAACAGACUCACGAGAUCAAAAUAGCCCGCCUCAAGGAGGCUUUCAAGGCUUCGUCGCAGGAGUAUCGACAAGCUUGUUAUCAAUUGUUCGGCUGGAGGGUAGACAGGACAAAAGAGGGUCGAUACAAGUUGUCUAGUCAAUACGCGGAAUCACCAGAGGAUUUUCUGUUUUUCCACAUUGGAGAGGAAGGAGUAGAUCUUCUGGAGACGGCGUUCUCUGCAACGUUAGGCUCGUUGGUCGAGCAACAUCUGCAACGACAACACAGUGUGCCCAUGUUCCUGAACGCUGUACAAACAGACCUGUUCAAUCAGCAGACUAUGACAAACGUUAUGAGCUGA